AUGCUGCGCCGGCCGCCAGCGGCCAAGCGCACGAUGACGCGCUCACCGCUCCCAGCGCUCUCGACGACGCCAAGCGCGCCGUUCAGCUCCGUGGACAUUGUUGCGCCGCUGGCGCAGCCGGCCAACCCGCUCGAGGCGAUCACCGGCGAGGCGACCACCGGAGCGGUGGCACCCACUGGAGGGGCACCCGCCGGCACGGCGAUGCCGAUGGAGGACCUCGCCGAGGCUCGCCAGGCGAUUGCCAACUUCGCCGCCGCGCUCUUCAUCUAG